AUGGCUGUUGGAAAGAACAAGCGCUUGUCGAAGGGCAAGAAGGGUAUCAAGAAGAGAACCGUCGACCCCUUCACCCGUAAGGACGAGUACUCCGUCAAGGCCCCCUCGACCUUCCAGACCCGCGAUGUCGGCAAGACUCUCGUCAACCGCACCAGCGGUCUGAAGAACGCCAACGACUCCCUGAAGGGCCGUAUCUUCGAGGUCUCCCUCGCCGACCUCCAGAACGAUGAGGACCACUCCUUCCGCAAGGUCAAGCUCCGCGUCGACGAGAUCCAGGGCAAGAACUGCCUGACCAACUUCCACGGUCUGGAUUUCACCACCGACAAGCUGCGCUCCCUGGUCCGCAAGUGGCAGUCUUUGAUCGAGGCCAACAUCACCGUGAAGACCACUGACGACUACCUCCUCCGCCUGUUCGCCAUUGCCUUCACCAAGAGACGCCCCAACCAGAUCAAGAAGACCACCUACGCCCGCUCGUCUCAAAUUCGCGCCAUCCGCAAGAAGAUGACUGAGAUCAUUCAGCGUGAGGCCGCCAGCUGCACUCUGUCCCAGCUCACCCACAAGCUCAUCCCCGAGGUGAUUGGCCGUGAGAUCGAGAAGUCCACUCAGGGCAUCUACCCCCUGCAGAACGUCCACAUCCGCAAGGUCAAGCUUCUCAAGUCCCCCAAGUUCGACCUGGGUGCUCUGCUUGCCCUGCACGGCGAGUCGGCUACCGAUGACAAGGGCCAGAAGGUUGAGCGGGAGUUCAAGGAGCAGAUCCUCGAGACUGUUUAA